UUAUACGGCUCAAUUUUGAAAAGUUCCUUUUUACGCUUAGCUGUACAAAAAAUUGAACACUCUUUUUUCCAACUAAAUAUAUAUACCCAUUUUAUUAUGUGGACAUAGUCGCCGGAGCUGUUCCUUGUCCGAUCUGUAAACCCCGCCAUUCACCACUCUCCUCCACCGUCGGCGAGAAUUCACUCUUUUACUUGCUGCGAAGCAUGGGGACAGAUGACAAGCAACGGCGUUUAAUCAAUUCACAUGAAAACAGCAGAGGCUUUUAUCUGCAAAAGUUCCGGCUUUAUGAGACUCGCUCGAACUUCUACAUGGUUGGAUGGGAUAAGACCAGAACUUUUUGGAAAGUAUUAAAGAUUGACAGAUUAGAACCUUCGGAACUAAUCAUUCAUGAAGACCCUACGUCAUAUUCAGAAAUUGAAUGCUUAGACCUCCUAAAAAGAAUACAUGAAGGAAACACGUCUACUGGAGGGCUUAAAUUCGUUUCUCGCUGCUACGGAAUUAUUGGUUUUAUAAAGUUUUUGGGACCUUAUUACUUCCUGGUUAUCACGGAAAGAAGGAAGAUUGGAAAGAUAUGUGGUCAUGCUGUUUAUGCUAUCACUAAGAGCGAGAUGUUCCCAAUUCCGCACUCUACUGUGCUUUCCAAUAUGGCUUAUUCUAAGGAUGAGAACAGAUAUCAAAAGCUCCUGCACAUGGUGGACCUCACAAAGGACUUCUUUUUCAGCUACUCCUAUCCUAUUAUGAUUAGUUUUCAAAAGAAUCUGAGCAACUCAGAGACAGGACUCACCCUUUAUGAGACAAUGUUUGUAUGGAAUGAAUUCUUAACUCGCGGAAUCCACAAUCAGCUCCAAAAUACUCUCUGGACAGUUGCGUUAGUCUAUGGGUUCUUUAAACAGGUUACACUUACUAUUUCUGCACAGGACUUCAUCUUAACCCUAAUUGCUAGACGUUCUCGUCAUUAUGCUGGUACCAGAUAUUUAAAAAGAGGAGUAAAUGAGAAGGGUCAUGUAGCAAAUGACGUCGAGACGGAACAGAUUGUGUUCGAAAAUGUACGUGAAGGGUCCCCUGUUGGAGUAAGCGCUGUUGUACAGAACCGUGGUUCAAUACCUCUUUUCUGGUCUCAGGAAACGUCACGUUUGAAUUUAAAACCUGACAUCAUAUUGUCUAGGAAGGACCUCAAGUUUGAAGCCACCAAACUUCACUUUGAAGAUCUUGUUCAAAGAUAUGGAAAUCCAGUUAUUAUAUUAAAUUUAAUUAAGACUCGUGAGAAGAGGCCCAGAGAAACGAUUCUUCGUGCAGAAUUCGCUAAUGCUAUUGACUUCAUAAAUAAAGAUCUUCCUGAGGACAACCAGUUGAGAUUUCUUCACUGGGAUCUAAACAAACACCCAAGAAUCAAAGCUACAAAGGCCUUGAUACGUCUAGGUGAGGUGGCCGUUAAUGCUUUGGAGUUAACAGGCCUUUUCCAUUGUCAGCUAAUCCCUACAUCAAGAAGUGGGGAAUUGCUAAAGCUGUCAUCCAUCGGCUGCGACAGUAGUGGAGACCAUGUUGAAAAGGACCUCUAUGAAAUGGAUGUUGAAGUGGACAAUGGGAGUGAUGAUCUGCGUGGAGCUUACUAUGUCAAACUUUCAACAGUCCAAAAGGGAGUCUUAAGAACGAAUUGUAUAGACUGUUUGGAUCGCACAAAUGUUGGCCAGUAUGCGUAUGGGCUGGUCGCACUGACCCAUCAGCUGCAUGCCUUAGGCUUUAUAGAUGUGGAGAACAUUGAUUCGCAUUCUCCUAUAGCACAUGACCUAAUGAGGAUCUACGAAGAAAUGGGAGACACUCUUGCACUACAAUAUGGUGGCUCUGCUGCACAUAACAAGAUUUUUUCAGAAAUACGAGGCCAAUGGAAAGCAACAACGAGGUCUCAAGAGUUCUUCCGAUCGCUUCAGCGCUACUACAGCAAUGCCUACAUGGACCCUGAGAAACAAGAUGCCAUUAAUGUGUUCUUGGGCCAUUUCCAGCCACAAGAGGGAAAGCCAUCUCUGUGGGAACUGAAUCCAGAACAGCACUAUGAUGUUAGGAUGCACGGAUCAACUCUAACCGCAGAAAGUUCUAGGUCAUUUAUUAAAAGGUCGCUAUCAGAAGGAAACAUAAGCUGUGGAAGCAGCUCUCAUGGUAAAGACACAGACAUAGAUCAGACUGAAGACGCUCACCAGCCUUUGACUGUCUGUGGCAAAGGUGGUUGUAAGGGUAUUUCAGAGUCCACACCAGAAAUAUCUACAUGUGACACUGAUAUUUCGUUUACCAGGUACACCCCCUCAAUGUAUGGUGGACAGUUUUUCCAUGAUAUGCAGUUAGAGCAGUGUCUCGGAAGUGGCAGCGUUAAAUUUCAUGAGUGUGCNCUUAUUCCUUAUCCCAAAAACAAAGAGGUUCAGUUCUCUUGCUGGCUUGAUAACUUAGCGACUUCAGCUAUUAAUGACAGAGUGGUGCAAAAGCAGAACAGUGCUUUUGGCCCAGUUCAUUUUUAG